AUGCGCCCAUCAUUCGGCAUGUGCAUGUCACCGAUCGUGUCCAGGACCAACGGCCGACGGGUUGCCAUCCGCCCCCAUGCUCGUCUGCUUCCCACCACGCGGCUGCGAGGCGGCGACGGCGCGCCCAGGCAAUUCCAGUGCCAGCGUCGGCCGGCGAAACGGCACGACGCUCGUGCGAGCAGCAAGCGGCGGGCGGCUGCGGGCCAGCGGCGGCCGAGCCAGAUGCAUGCGACCCUACCGUCGGGGGAGGCCAAUGGCGCAUUCGCCGUCGAGUGGCAUCGGCAUCAUGCCCAGAGGGCGCAUGCACAUCGGGCCAGCUCGACCUUGUGGCUGGCCGAUGAGCUGGCUGGGUGCGCUGGCCAGGUGCGCUGGCACUGGCACAUGCGACGCAUGGCAGUUUCGGUGACGGCCGGGCUCCAGGGCAUUGUUUCAUCGAGCAAAGGGGCGGCGCAACCAGUCACGGCCGCACCCUUGGCUGGGUGUACAUGGAAUAAAAAGGCAAACAAAGAUCCAGAUUGGUCCGAUGCGGCGCGCAACAGCCGCGUGAUGAGCCCAACUCACCAACUCAACCAUCAUCGGGUACGGAAAUGUGGAGCACCCGACGGCCUCGGGGCAAACAGCGUCGACGGCAGCAAUGCCCCUGGCCGCUCCGUGGGAGUCGCGAGACUCGUCUUGGUCGUCGGGGAAGGGGGAUGGCGUGUUUGCGCUUCAUCGGGCAUCCGCGGCGGCGGAAGAGCACCUCGCCGAAACAGCCUCAGGGCAACACCUCGUCGCAAGGCAACGCCUUCGAGUGGACGAGCCGUCGGUUCAGACGCCGCGGAUGACCUGCGUCCUCUCCGAUUGCAGCUGGGCCGCGUUUCGUUCGUGAGAUUGCUUCUUGCACUGGGAACGUCAGCAUGGGUGCCGGGGCGCCGGGGGGGGGGAAGGGUCACUUGCGUCCUCGAGACCGCUGCACCGGUGGUCCUCCAGCAGGCGGUGAUUGCCGCAGUACUGACCCUUGCAAAAGCUGCAAUCGCCGACGAUGCGUUGGGCCGGCUCCUUGCAGUCCUUGGCGUGGCAGCGAAUCUUCUUUGGGGCCAUGAUGGAGGACGGAGGAUGGAGGAUGGCGAGUGGUGGUGGUAG